AUGGCUCGCCUACCUCGCCCCAUCAGCUUGGGAGUGUUGGUCCUCUUUGCCGCCGUGGCACGGCGCAAAGAUGCCGCUUUCAGCACUCCCUCGUUGAAGCCGCGCCGCUUGGCCGGCUUUGGCCACCCAGAGCUGCUGAGAGGAUCGAGCCACACACGUGACAUGAGACCAAUGAGAACUCGAGCUGUGGAAAGUCACAGUGACGCAUCGAUGUCACAGUGGCAAAAGGCUUGGAAAGCGAUCUUGUCGCUCUUCGGUGGGGUCACCUUUGGGGUUGGGAUCUACUUGCUCUUCUUCAAAGCCACAUCGAGCAUUACUUCGAUGGUCUCUGGAUCACCAGAGUUGGAAAUCGCAUCCUUUGUGCUCUUGAGCUUGAUCCCUUUGAUUUUGGUGCAGCAAGGCGCGGUGGAGGUGGGGGUGGUGAAACCCAUGCAGACCUUAGCAUCCUGCAUGCCCACGCGUGGCCUUAAGCACAUCAUCCAGAGCGCGAUUCCUGGGACAAGGAAUGUGAUGGUGGGCGUGCUGCUCUUCUUCUCGGUGAACCUACUGGCCUCUGCGGCGCCGGAGAAGGCACAGCUGGCGUUGCCGGAGAAGUUCGCGGCAUUGGACCCGGAUGGGAACGGUGUGUUGACCGGCCCGGAGUUUGAAUCGGAGGUGAGGAAGUUCACCGUGAAGAUCUUGACCGCCCUCUUCUACUUCGAGUGUGGGCUGUUUGGCAUCACCUCCUUGCAAAAGCCGGACGGCUAUCCACCGGAGGGGAGGGAUGUGAUCGACACCUACUGGAGGAAUUUAGACUUUCGACGACCCAAAGCGGUUGUCCUCUAUUUGGCGCUGAAUGCCUUGAUCCUGAUGUCCACAGUGAGCGGCGUCUUGCGUGCUUGGGGGUUGUCUCCCAGCCACAUCUUAGCCUUAGGUGGGGUAGGAGGAUUGGCCUUUGGCCUGGCCAGCCAGAACUUGGUAGGGAACUUCAUGUCCGGGAUCUUGCUCAUUGUGAACCGACAGUUCAGCGUGGGCGACUUCAUUGAGACCAAUAACAUCAAAGGGAAGGUGACCAAAAUGGGUUGGACCUUCAUAGAGAUCGAGAGUGGUGAUGACGUAGUGAUGCUUGGCUUCGAAAUGAGCAAGGAGGAGGAAGAGGAGAUGAAGAAUCAUACCUUGAGCAUGCUGCAGCAAGAUCUCUCCCAGUUCAGCCAAGAGGAGCUCAGUCGAAGUGCCUUUGACGAGGAGUUCGACGUACGAGAGAACUGGCCCGAGUGUAAGCCCAUCACCAGCCAUGUUCGGUACCAGACCUGUAACAACUGUUGGAGCCACGCCACAGCACUGAUCACUGAAAGCCGACUCUGCAUUCAGAGCAGGGGGCAGUUCAAUGGAGACAAUGCCUGGCUGAGCCAGUCCUUCAUUGCCGCCUGCAGGCUUGAUGGGCGUGACUACUGCAUGGGAGGUUCUGGGUUGUUGGGCUUCAAGACUGUUUCAAGGUGGGGCGUGCCCACCGGAGGGCCCGACUUCCGUGGCAACAUGAAGGCUGGCGUCGAGACCUGCUAUCCACAGAUCCUUCCGCACGAUCGCGGCAUCCAUUGCCCUGGCGCCUGCUCGCCAUACGUGGAAUAUCCCAGGACGGGGCGGUUCAGCACCUCUAAGGUUCAGUAUGAACCCCGUGCUCUUCAUCCUGUGGGAGAUCAAGUUCAUUACCUGGUGAAGCAGGCGUUGAUGCAAGAUGGGCCGAUUUUGCUGGGCAUGAGGAUCUACCAGGACUUCUAUGCCUAUGAGUCAGGCAUCUAUCAGCCAACAAGAAAGAGCUGGAAUCUCUACAUGGGUGGCCAUGCCGUGACAGGCAUGGGCUUUGGGCCUGGCUACGUGCUGGCGGUCAACUCAUGGAGUACCUCCUGGGGCAUCAAUGGAGCCUUUAAGGUGGCACCCCAAGCCGUCGACUUCGGAUUCUUCCUGCCGGGGCGACCAUUGGGGACGUUUGCUGGAUCCUCAUAUCCGAUGCCCUUGCCCAGAUAG